CGCUCCAAUUUUUUUGUUAAGAAGAUACAUACAUAGAUGAUAGAGUGCGAAAAUAUCAAAAAAAAAAAAUAUUAAAGUUAAAAACAUAGAAAUGAAGUCUAAAAAUUUAAAGCACGAAUUGUUUAAAAACCCUGUAGCAUCAAGUUUUUUAACUGAAAUUUUAAAAAGAAGACUCAAAAUGAGAAUGAAAUUAAUUAAACAUCGAAGAAAUUUUGUGCGUAAACAAUUACAGCAAUCAUUUCAAUUAUUUCAAAACUCAGUAUUAAUUUUGUUCAAAAGUCUCACGAAAGAGAUUUUACAAAUUGUCCUUCAAGACUUGAAGCUAAAUAAUGCUUCUAAGAUCAGUGCAAAAAUUCAGAAAAAUUUAAACAAUACAAACUUUAUUAUUGAAAAUUUUGACGAAACAGACAAGGAAAAAUUUUUAAAUUAUUACCACAUUUCACCAAAUUUGUUUCACGAUAUAUGUGAAAUAUGGCCUCAGAAAAAAAGUCAUGAUAUUUUAAAACAGUUUAUUCGAAAAAUUGCCAAAAACACACAAGAUGAUGAAUUUUAUUCAAAAAAUUCACUCGAAAUUUUAAAAAGGGAAGAGAAUAUUUGUUCUGACAUAAUAAAAAAAUUUGGAUACACUUAUAGUCCAAUGACGAUUUAUGAAUGUGAAGAAGCAAAACAAAAAUUCAAUUCUUUUUGUGGUAUAAAAAUAAGUGGCAUCUUGGUAGACUUUAAAUUUAAUUCAGAAUCGGCAAAAAAUUGCCGUAUGUUUGCUAUUUUAGAUCACAGAAAAAGAUUUCGAAGCUUGUCUGCAAAAAAAUUGCCGGCAUUUUUUAAAGAUAUAGAGAUCUCUUUGAAAAAAAAUUCUAGUUAUUAUUUUAGUGACGUUUCAGAUUCUCGUCACAAGGAAUGUGUAAUAUAUUGUGAAAACAUUGGCAAAGAACCUUGCGAAAAGCUGGUUUCUUUUAAGCAAAAUGCAGUAAAUGAUGUUUUUAAGCGAUGGACAUAUUUAAAUGGUGGAAGGUAUUCCGAAAAUGUACUUAAAACAUGUAUUAUUUUGCACAAUUUGUGCAAAAAUAAAAGUAUUUCUAUGCCGCAAAUGGAAUAACCUAGAAUUUAACCAAAUUGAAACAGAAAAUGAAUUUUAAAAGUGCAUGAAAAGUAAAUAAUAUUCAUAUACAUAAGUUUUUAAAGAAAUU